CCGCCGCGCUCGGGGCCCCUCAGCGGCCGCGGAGUCGCGCUCUCCCGCGCAGUGGCCUCACUCCGGCCCGCCCCUGCGGGUCUCCAGGGCUCGCUGCCCAUCAUGGACCUCGCCGGCCCUUGCUCCAGCUUUCAGUCGGACCUGGAUUUCUGCCCGGAUUGCGGCUCCGUCCUGCCUUUGCCCGGGGCCCAGGAUACGGUCACCUGUACUCGCUGUGGCUUCUCCAUCAACGUGCGGGACUUCGAAGGGAAGGUUGUGAAGACCUCAUUUGUGUUCAACAAACUGGGUACCGCUAUACCUACGUCGAUGGAGGAAGGACCUGAGUUCCAGGGACCCGUGGUUGACAGGCGCUGUUCUCGAUGCGGUCAUGAGGGGAUGGCCUACCACACCAGACAGAUGCGCUCAGCUGAUGAAGGGCAGACUGUGUUCUACACCUGUACCAACUGCAAGUUCCAGGAGAAGGAAGACUCUUGAUUCUUUCUUUGGAUGACUCAACAAUUUAGCCUUCCUUAGAAGGUAGAGGGUAUUGGGUUCUUAGAUACCUUGUCUGCCUCCUGGUUGCAAUGUUUUGCUCCCCAGAGGAAGCAGAUCAUCGUAUGGGCAAUAUCAGCUGUCCUCAGAGGACUCCCACUCCUAAUUAAAUUUCCUUAUCAAAGUUAUAUUUUCACACCUGUUAUAUAAUACAUUGUUACUUCAAUAAAAAAGUUAUAUUUUUUCUUAAGACCCAGGCAUUUAUAUGUUACUUACAGUAGGUCUUGUUCCAAAAGGAAUUUAAAUGAGCUUACAGGGAUGUAUUUCUUUUGUCAACCAAUAUAUCAAGUACAAAAGUAUAAUAUAAAUUAGUACAUGAGAAAGAAUAACACAAGUACGAAAAAAUGGAGCCAAGAAUAAACCAAUAUUAAAAAAAAAGCUUAUCCAUACACCCCUGUCUAAAUCUAUUUGGUGCCUGAGUUUUAGGGAAAUAAAAAGUGGGAGUUUGCUUACUAAGAGAUUCAACAGAUAAUUUAACUAGCUCUAUUUGAUAUGUAAAUUUGUCCAAAUUUACAUACAACAAAUUUUGAUACCAAGGGACUAGUAAGUACUUACUACAUGUGACAUUUUGGAUAUAUAUAUAUUUGUUUUAAUUGCUCAAGAUAAAUAUUUAUAUUCAUUGAAAUGUAUGUAGAAAUGUAUGUAGAAAGGUUGAAAAAGUAAAAAUCAAGAACUCCCACUCCAUGGAGAUACUUGUUCUUUUAAUGGGCUACACUGAUACAUGCUGGGUUGUAUCUUGUGAACCAAAAACCUGAAAGGGAAAUAUAAGUAGUCCAGGCCAAGAAACAUUAAAGUUUGCGUUUGGAAAUCUACUCCCGCAUUUCUUGGCUUAAAUGGUGAUCAAGGUAGGACAGUAAUGAUUGUAAUUGUGUGAUCCAUUAUGCAUUGAGUUCUCAAGCAAACUUCUCUCUGACCCUCAGCAAUUUGGAGGGAUAGGCAGCCUUUUCCACAGUACAUUUGAACUGUGCUGGCAGUUGACUUUGUAGUCCCACUCCUGAAACAUGAAACAAAUCUGUUCAUGCGUCUAUCCUUUAAGCCUUUCACUGCCCAUUAACACUGACUGGAUAAAACUCAACUUUCUUAGCAAAGUCUACAGAACUAUAUAACCACAGCUAUCUGUUGCCUCAUUUGGCAUCUUACCCCCCCCCUUAUAUUCCAGCUGUACAAAACUGCAUUUCCAUCAGUGCACGCAAUACGUUACAAGCUACCUAAAAUAUAUAUAACAUUUGUUGCUUCUGGUUCUCAUUUUUACUCACUUGCACCCUGAGAAACACAUUUUCUAUCAAAGCAUAAAUUGGCCAAUUUAUGACCUUUCAUUUACUUCAUAUUAUCUCCACUCCAUAAAAGUAUGUUUGCAGAACGUAACUAAAUCCAAUUUCAUAGUUGCGAUUUACUUCAAUGUUAGUAUCCCAAUGGUUUAUAUUUUUGUUCUAAGCAUACCAAUCUUUCCUACUACGAUGGGAGCUAAAAGGCAGGAUCUGCGUUUUAUGCUCCUUCUGUAACAGGGUGGUCCCCAGGAAAGGGGGAGGUUCCCUGCCCCACCCAAGGGAGGGUGGAGCUGAGCAGGAAGAGAAGAAGCAGAAGAGACUGAGGAAGGAAGGAAGCAGGAUGGAGCAAGGAGACCUGGAGGAGGCGCAUGGAGCCUAGAGACACGUGAAGAAACUGCGCUUGUCUUUUGGUCGUGGACUGGGUGACACAGAUGUGGGUGAGACCCAUGGGGAGGUGACAAUGGCAGCUUUUAUCUUGAUGUUGAUUUUGCUCUUUUCCUUCCGGGCUUGUCUGGUUGUUUGUGACCCUUUUCUGUGGGUCCCCACUGGAAGAUGCUUUAGACUUGUGGCAGGCUUUGGGGCCUUGUUCUGGGCCGAUCCCAUAUGGAUGGACUUUUACCCACGAGGGGAUGGGUAACUUUGGGUGCUUCAUUUAGAAACUAGACUCUUUGCCUUACCUGUAUUGUUUCCUAGUUUUAUUAAA